AUGUCGCUGGCCAGAGCGGACAAGGCCCUGGCGCCGGCCACGCGGCGACGACUGGCCCUCCAACAGUCGCCCGCCUCCCGCCUGCUCAGACCGACGCUCGCCCAGGGCGCCGUUCGCACCCUCCACAGCACGACGAGAUCGCUCGCGCCCAUAUCCUCCACCGGCAGCCCCGUCGGCGUCGUCCCGCCCUCGUACUUCCAGCGGCCCUCCCUGCCCGCCAACACCAUUAUCCGGUUCGUGCCUCAACAAACGGCCUGGAUCGUCGAGCACAUGGGCAAGUUCAGCCGCAUCCUGGAGCCCGGCCUCGCCAUCCUCGUGCCGUUCUUGGACCGCAUCGCCUACGUCAAGAGCCUGAAGGAGGUCGCCAUCGAGAUCCCCAGCCAGAGCGCCAUCACGGCCGACAAUGUCACGCUCGAGCUCGACGGCGUGCUGUACACGCGGGUGUUUGACGCCUACAAGGCCAGCUACGGAGUAGAAGACGCUGAAUACGCCAUCUCGCAACUCGCCCAGACGACCAUGCGCAGCGAGAUCGGCCAGCUGACGCUCGACCACGUGCUCAAGGAGCGCGCCGCGCUCAACACCAACAUCACCGCCGCCAUCAACGAGGCCGCGCAAGCGUGGGGCGUGACGUGCCUGCGCUACGAGAUCCGCGACAUCCACGCGCCCGCGCCCGUCGUCGAGGCCAUGCACCGCCAGGUGACGGCCGAGCGGUCCAAGCGCGCCGAGAUCCUCGACUCCGAGGGCCAGCGCCAGAGCGCCAUCAACAUCGCCGAGGGUAAGAAGCAGAGUGUGAUCCUGGCUUCUGAAGCUAUGCGUGCCGAGAAGAUCAACCGCGCCGCGGGUGACGCCGAGGCCAUCCUGCUCAAGGCCAAGGCGACCGCCUCGGGCAUCGACGCCGUCGGCCGCAGCAUCGCGAGCGGUGGUGCAUCAGCCCACGGCGCCGUCAGUCUCAGCGUGGCGGAGAAGUACGUCGACGCGUUCGGCAAGCUGGCGCGCGAGAGCACGGCUGUGGUCGUGCCCGGUAACGUGGGCGACAUCGGCGGCAUGAUCGCAACCGGUCUCAGCGUCUUCGGCAAGGUCGGCGAGGCGCAGAGCCGGACAAUGGCAAAGCAGGUGCUGGAGAAGGGCGAGAACAACGACGACUCGUCCAAGCCACAACCCAGAUCCUCCGAGUCGAGCGUUGUCGAUUCGGUGGUUCGCGAGUUCGACAACACAACGAAGCAGAAUUAG